GAAGAAAGCAACUCGAAAUCUCGCCGGUUCGCGCGAGGUUUAUCGUGACUUCCCGACCUCGAUUUCGUUCUCUUUCCCUGUGGUCCGAAAUCAGGCAAAAUGACUGAUGGUGCCGUGACUGUAAGAACGAGGAAGUUCCUCACCAACCGCCUCAUGCAGCGGAAGCAGAUGGUUGUGGAUGUUCUGCAUCCCGGGCGCGCCACCAUUCCCAAGACAGAAAUCCGCGAGAAGCUCGCCAAGAUGUACAAGACCACGCCCGACGUCGUCUUUGUCUUCGGGUUCCGCACCCAGUUUGGCGGCGGCAAGACAACCGGCUUCGGUCUGAUCUACGACACCCUGGACUUCGCGAAGAAGAUGGAACCCAACUACAGGCUGGCCAGGCAUGGUUUGUAUGAAAAGAAGAAGCCCUCCCGAAAACAACGUAAGGAGAGGAAGAACCGACAGAAGAAGGUUCGGGGAGUAAAGAAGACUAAAGUAUCUGCUGGCAAGAAGGGGCGUUGAGAUAUUGUCUAUAUGAGGUACCCUGAAGUAACCUGCCUAACUGAGGGUCCAUGUUUGAAGUGUUACCUGAGGACUAUCUUGAGGGAUGAUGUCUACAAAUGUCACCGUCAGCCAGCGCACUACUUGUUAGCCCUUCCAUCAGUGGGCAAAAAUAAAACAUUAUGAAUAUGUCCAAAAA